AGACAGCUCCCAAGCAUGUUGAUGAGCCUGACCCUGCUCAUUUUUACCAUCAUUUCUAAGGUCAUUUGCGCUGAAGAGUUCUCGGAGCCUCGCCUGGUGAUUACUCCUGAAACCAAUCCUGUACAGAAGCCUGCUGGAGCUCAGAUUCCCCUGCUAUGUAAGGUCGAAGGAGUACCGGAAGAUGUUCGUCCUGGGAUCAUUUGGGUCAAACAUGAUGGACUCGACAGGACCGGUAACGUUGAAGUCAAAUCUUUGGACCAUCAAACGAUGAGCCUUCUCAUCAAAAACGCCACAUCCGAAGAUUCCGGCGUUUACACAUGUCAAGCUCAGAUCGGAAGUGUGUUGCUAGCUAAAACAGUCGAUGUCAUCAUAUUCGAAAAUUUCGACUUCGCUGACAAGACAACGGAUAUUGGUGCGGUGAUGCCUACAGCUGCUGUAAAUCUAAGCUGUGAGGUGACUCCAUCUUCAGUCAAGGUUCGUACAGUAUGGACCCGUGGUGGAGUACCCAUCGCCCAAGGACAGGAUGGAAAAUACAAGCUUUAUAAUAAUGAUGCCAUAUUGGAAGUAUCAUCAUACGAUCCUACCAAAGACGCCGGAGAAUAUGUGUGCAAGGUUUUCCAUCCCAUAAGCGGUUCCACACUCUACAGGAGAAUCACCAUAGGUACGGAAUCCGAGACUAAGCAAGUAUUCUGCUCCAAGAUGUGCAAUAAUAUCUGCCAUCAGAUGUAUCAACCAUUUCGAAAUUUUUAAAUAUGACAUGGAUGUCAAUCAAAUAAAAUUCUUGC